UGCGCGCGAGUCGCGUUCGCGGUUGACAACUAUUACCAAACAACAAGAAAAAACGUUAAACUUCGAAAACACCUUGACAUGCAAAUUGAUUAUCUCAAAUUCAAACAUUUUUAACGGUAUGCAAUGAGCAGUCAGUGAAGUGCUGUGCGCUGUGCUUAAAUAUAAUUAAAGUUAUGUUAUAACUACAAAAUGGAGGACGUAUAUACAAUUAAAGUGAAAACAAAACCAGACACGAGGAAUUUAUAUCCAUCAGAGAGGAGAUAUUCUGCGUCCACAGUGUCCGGCCUUGCCUGGGUUCACAUUGCACUGGCGUCUACUGCGUUUCUCCUCGCCUGCCUUGCUUUAGUUAAUCCGAACGGCGGGGUGCAAAUUAAAAACGACACAAGGACGGACAAUUCAACGGAUAUAUCGGAAGAAUCGAGUAAUAAUACGUUUAUACUUAUUCUAGCGCCGAUUUUGCUCACAGUAUUCGCUCUAGCCGCCGGCGUUACUUCUAUUUUGGCAUCCGUUCGGUGGUACGUCGAUAGGAACAUAACAUGGCUAUUUGUUAUGUCAAUAUUGUCGACUAUUUUUUCUUCAAUUUCCUUUAUUAUGAUCAUUGUCUGGUUAAUAACUAGCGAGGAGGACAUAUCAGAUUUCUAUAAAGACAAAAUACCAUUCAAAGAGAUUUUAAUAAUAAAACAUUCGGAAAUUAUAGAUAGGAACGAAUCACAUUUCGUGAUACCGAAAAAUUCGACAGAGUUUAAAUAUGAGGAUUCGAAAUUAUUUACAAAACGCGUGCUAUCGAUAAAUAUAUUGAUUGCGGCAUUUCUGGAACUUCUCUGGUCGAUACUGAGCGUGAAAAUAUCUUAUAAAGGUAUGAGGAACAAUUAUAAAGAGGCCGACGAGAGACGCGGCAAUUGCGUUUCAGUUGUCACAACGAUAAAAGGUAACAAUACGAAGAAAAUGCCGCGCAACAGUAAACUCAUACCAAAACCAGAUCUCAUCGAUAACUACCCUAGUAGGAAGAUAAAGAAGAUAUUCUUCGCUCAAAAUGACAACGGAUUUUAUUUGAAAAAUCAAAAUAAUAAAAUGAAACAGAACACCGAAACGAGUUCGGAGUUUUACAAGGAGAGAAUGAUGACAUUCUUGAACAGAUGCGCCGAAGGAGUCUCCAACGCGGACAUCAGGACUCCCAGCGUCCAAUCGGAGGCUGUUCUCAAUCCAAUCCAAGAAGGAGUCGUUGAUAUCAGUGUCCAAGAUUUUAAACAGGAGAUGAAGGAGCCGAGCAGGGUUACUCCCGUCAGCUGGGGGGACGCGUCCGACAUCACGGUAUACAACCAAAACACGUUAAAUUUGGAUAAAAUAUUUAAUUUCAAAAAGAAACAGCGAGAUGUAAACUUAGAUACGAAAGACGAGUCUAGUGAAAAUAAUCAGAAUAAUUAAUUGAGCGUGAAAAGGACUGGACGAAAGUUAAAGUAAUUAUAGUUAAUGAAGCAAUGCAACUACGAGUAUGUAACACGGAUAUACCAAUGUUCAUUAUUUUAUAUACAAACUUUAACUAAUUACCAACACUAACGAGUUUUCUAUGGCUUUCCUACGUGUUUUUUUUUAAUCUAUCAAAUUAGUUUUGAGAUGUCUACAGAUUCAACACAAACGUCGUUUUUUUUUAAUUUAAAUGUAAGUACAUUAGGCUUUGUACAUAUUAAUAAAAUUAAAAAAGUAACUAGUAUCCAUUGUAUAUGAGACAAUGCACUUAUACGAUUCGUGUGAAAUUAGAAAUAUACACAAACGGAUAUAUAAAUAUUUUAGCUUAAUACGUAUCCGAUCACGCGAGGUAAUGUUCUGUAGAUUGAAGUGUGUAUUUAAUUGUACGUUUCUCCAUAAUUUUUAAUGAUUAAUUAUCUUAAGUCUUACGAAAGGUGCUGUGAUUGAUCAAUCUCGUGUAUUUUUCUACGUUGAUACAAUAUAAUUCCUUCAAUUUAAUUAUUGUGGACACAAUGUUAUCAAGGACAAGAAAUAUAUUAAGAAAGAAAUGACUCCAAGAUCCAAUUGCAAACAGCAUAGAUUUAUAAUUUGGAAUUAUGGUACGUAUACACAAGGCCAAUAACCGACUCAAAAUCACUAAGCCAAAACAUUAAGCAAAUUAAAUGAAAAAUGCAAUGUAAUUUACACGUAUUAUAUCGAGGCUUUCAUCUUUUUUGUGCUAGAAAUCCUAUUACAAUGGAUUGGCUUGAUGUAGUGGAUCGCCUCUAGUCGAUUGUCUCGGCUAUUAGCCUCGUGUAAAUGCACCAUUAAUGACGAAUAUUUGCGCUUGCUCGAUUUAACAUUAUAAAAGUUUCAAAUUAUCUCUGCAAGCAUAAUAUGACAUAACGAAAAAUUAUUCAAUACUAUAAUGUCGUCUGGUCGACAUUCGACAUUUUUUUUUUGUAAACAAGUAUAUUUUGUACCUUUUUUUGAAUUAUUUUUCGUCAUCAUAAGUAAUAUUAUAAAUACUAAAGUGAUCCGUACCAGCCUGUGAAUGCCCCACUGCUGGGCUAAAGGGCUCCUCUCCCUUUUUUUUGAGGUUUGGAGAGUAUACGAAAGUGAGUUUGUUUAUUUUUUGUUGCGCUUUCACGCCUUUACUAAUCAACGAAUCAGCAUGAAAUUUUACAUGUAUAUAUGUACAUAGGUAUACGAAAGGAUAUAGAAUACCUAACUCCUACCCCUCAGCGAUAACUAGUUUUAUCAUAAAGAAUAAUUUUAUAAGUAUUUAUAAUAGUUUUCAAUGUUCAUACUUAAAAUUAAUAUUUAUUAUGUCAUUGCCUAAAAGUGUUUUAUAUAAAUAUAAAAGUCACAUUAAUAGGACGCUUUAAAUGUAGUUUAUUAGCAUUGAAACAAUCACAGCCGUACCACAAACGUAACUAUCGUUAGUCAACUCGUUUUAAUUGCACACAAAGAUGGCAGACAAUCAAUUAUAUUUAAUGCUUCCUGAAUGUUUAUAGAGAACUAGCUAUAACUCGCGUAUUGAGGGGGGGAGGGGCGACUUGUGCGAGUGUUAAGUAUAAAAAAGUAACCUAUGUCCUUCCGUGAGGUUAAAUCUUGUUUUUUAUACUAAAUUUCAUCGAAAUCGAUUAAAUGGUUUGACCGUGAAAGCGUAUUUAUAAUAUUAAUAAAUGAUAUUAUUCAUUCUACACUAUCAUGCAGGCGAGAAAGAUUGCAUGAGUGAUAAGAAACCGUGAUUUAUAAACAAAUUGUGCACAUGAAAGCUUAGUGGUGCAUCGGGUAUGAUUCUUUCGUUUUAACCACGGGGCCAUGUAGUCUAUAUACGUCCUGACUGCCUCAUUGGUCCAGUGGCUAGAUGUAAGGCCGCAGACCCCGAGGUCCCGGGCUCAAAUCAAAGCUCAAGCCGAAAAAGGUAGGUAUUGUGUUAUUCUAUCGAAAAUCGCAGUAGCAGCCCGGAAUAUGGAAGUUGGAAGUGUGACAUUAUUAUUAUUAUAUGUCCUAAGCAGUAAGCUGAUGACUAAUUUUCAUUACAAACGGUGCCGUGGUCAGUCAGUACAUCAUAUAUUAUAUUAUCUGUGGGUUAUAUAAUAUACAACAAUUACGUAAUAUAAUGACUGCCCCGUUGGUCUAGUGGCUUGAUGUAAGGCCGCAGACUCGAAGGUCCUGGGUUCAAUUCCUAGUUCGGGCCAAUAAAAAAGGUCAUUGGGUUUUUCUGUCAGAAAAUUCUCAGUAGUAGCCCGGAGUCUGGAAGUUGGAAGUGUGUACACUCCCGUGCCUCGGAAAGCACGUAAAGCCGUUUGGUCUUGCGCCUAAAUUCUUUCCUAGAUUAUGAGAGUUAGGGAAUAGAGAGUGCACCUGUGUUUGCGCACACACUUGUGCGCUAUAUAUCUCCUGCGUAGUUGGCUAAUCUCUUUUGAGAUUGCCCGCCGUGGCCGAAAUCGGUCUAGAGGACAUUAUUAUUAUUAUUGUUUUAUUAAUAUUAUUAACAAUUACGUAUGUAAAUAGGUUAUUAUAUUAUAACAAAUAUCGGUAUGCACACUCGUUUUUUAUUAGUUAGUAGUAAUAUUAUACUAAAACUGUAAUAUAUCGAAAUAAUAGUAGUUUUGUAAAUAAUAUAAUUUUUAAGAUUUAUUCCAUUCAUGUAUGUAAAAAUGUAUGUUCUACAGGCAUUUAUUUUGUACUUUCUUAUUAAAUGAUUUAAAUUAA